AUGGAUGACUUGGAGGCCACCGACCAGGAUGUAAACAGUAAGACAAACAUGUUGGUGUGUGCAAGAGUCGGUUUGGUCGGCUCGGCUGCCUCGUACGAUCAGUUGGUCCGUCAGGUGGAGGAUCUGAAGAAGGAGAAUUCUCACCUAAGGAGGGAGCUGCAGGAUAACAGCAGCCAGCUCAGCCGGCUUGAACAUGACACCUCUGAUAUGAAGGAAGUUCUGAAGCAUCUUCAGGACAAACUUGAGCAAGAUGCUGGAGGGUCAACAGGCCUUCCUGAUGUGCCUGAGCAGUCUAUGCACGUGGACGUUCCAGGGCUUUAUAACCAAUAUAUGUCUUCGACCCUUGGUCCUGAUGUCUCUACAGCUCUGGGUCGGUCCUCAGGGGCUACAGCACUAUAUCCAGAGACACCUCAGAAGAAGGGGAAAGAGGAAAGGCGAGCGAGCACCCUGCUGAAAGCAGACCUGGAACGGGAGAGGUCUCAGUUGCAGGGGGAGACAGAUAAGGAGGAGAAGGAGAAAUUGUGGUAUUACUCUCAACUGGAGAGUCUGUCCAAGCGCUUGGAAGAGCUCCCCUAUGCAGAGACGUUCUCUUUGCAGAUUGACCUCAUCCGCCAGCAGCUGCAGUUUGAAUCUGAGCACUUGCGCUGUCUGCUGGAGGAGAGGUUUGGGACAGCAGAUGAGAUGAUGCAAAGAGCACAGAUUCGGGCUUCCCGUGUGGAGCAGAUUGAGAAGCAACUGGAGGAGAUACAGAAAACAGUGGGCAAGGAGCUGCAAACCAUAGAGCUGAGUGAGAAUUUAGAAUAUUCAGAAAGACCAAAUGCAGAGAAUAUCACCCAAACUGAGGAAAGUACAGGGCAGCCAGAAAACAAGGUGGAGGUGGUGUUCUGGCUGUUGUCUAUGUUGGCCACACGAGAUAAGGACGACAUGUCACGUACUUUGCUAGCCAUGUCAAGCUCUCAGGACAGUUGUCAAGCUAUGCGCAGGUCUGGUUGUCUCCCACUACUGCUUCAAAUACUUCACGAGACAGAAAGAGAAUCCUCAGGGGAUAGUAAUUUCAAGGAUGCUAGGAUGCGUGCAAAUGCCGCUUUGCACAAUGUUAUCUUCUCACAACCAGAUGAAGGUCAGGCAAAAAAGGAGAUGAGGGUACUUCACAUUUUGGAGCAGAUACGUUCAUAUGUUGAGACCUGUUGGGACUGGAUGCUAGGACAGGGUGAAGGGGUCCAUGAAGGCAGCCCAGCUCCGGCCCCAGUAGAGCCACAGAUCUGCCAGGCAAGCUGUGCCAUCAUGAAAUUGUCAUUCGACGAAGAAUAUCGCAGAGCAAUGAAUGAGCUUGGUGGUCUACAGGCCAUUGCAGAGCUCCUUGAGGUGGAUUAUCAGAUGCAUAGGAUGACCAAUGACCCCCUUAGCUUGGCGCUUAGACGUUACGCAGGAAUGGCACUCACUAAUCUCACCUUUGGGGAUGUAGUAAACAAGGCCACACUCUGCUCCCGUCGUGGCUGCAUGCAGGCAAUUGUAACUCAUCUGGCAUCUGAGAGUGAGGAGCUCCAACAGGUGGCAUCCAGCAUUCUGAGGAAUCUGUCGUGGAGAGCAGAUAUAAACAGCAAGAAAAUUCUUCGUGAGGUGGGCAGUGUGGCCAGCCUGAUGCAGUGCGCACUGCGUGCAAACAAGGAGUCAACAUUGAAAAGUAUCCUGAGUGCCCUAUGGAAUCUGUCUGCUCACAGUACAGAGAACAAGGCAUCUGUCUGCUCUGUGGAGGGGUCUUUGGGUUUUCUGGUGAGCACGCUCACCUACAAGUGUCAAAGCAACUCCCUGUCCAUCAUAGAGAGCGGUGGAGGAAUCCUACGUAAUGUGUCCAGUCUUAUUGCUACUCGUGAUGACUACAGACAAAUCCUGCGUGAACACAACUGUCUUCAGACUCUGCUGCAACAUCUCAAGUCUCAUAGCCUGACCAUAGUCAGCAACGCCUGUGGGACUCUGUGGAAUCUUUCUGCUCGAUGUCCUCAAGACCAGGAACUCCUGUGGGAUUUGGGAGGAGUCAGUAUGCUGCGGAAUCUAAUUCAUUCUAAGCACAAAAUGAUAGCCAUGGGCAGUGCAGCCGCACUUAGAAACUUGCUGGCACACAGACCCCUCAAGUACAAAGAUGCAGCUGUCAUCUCUCCAGGCUCCUGCAUGCCCUCAUUGUAUAUGAGGAAGCAGAAAGCACUUGAGGCAGAGCUAGAUGCAAAGCACUUGGCAGAAACCUUUGACUCUAUGGACAAACAGGGACUAAAAUCUCAGCCAGUGAAAGGUCCUCUGCGACAUAUGGAAAGCUUAGUGAAAGAUUAUGCCUCUGACUCCGGCUGCUUUGAUGAUGAUGAGAUCCCAAACACAUCUGUUAGUGCAGAGACAGGGAAUUCAUCUGUACUCUCCAUGUAUCUAAAUUCUUCAUUCACCCAAGGACAGGCAGUUCCUCGAGCAGGUUCUUUAAAAAGGGGCUCUGAGAUAGAGAAAGCAGACAGCAAUAAACAUGAAUUCAAGAAACUACAAGAAGAGGUAUCAAAUGCCACAGAGAAACUGGCCACUAAGAUACCAUGCGCAAUACCCAAGCUAGAGAGACUGGUAGAAGACAUUUCCACCAUGCAUACAUCAUCUGACGACAGCUUCAGCUUAAGCUCUGAGGAUCAUUGCAUUGACUGGCCUUAUGGCUCAGAUGAGCUGCAUGAGGCCAGAGCUCAGUCCUGUUCUCCCUGCAGACUAUCUGACAACAGUGGUAUUAUAAAGCGAGAUAAUUUAAGCAGAGCUCAAGCUCUCUUACGAUUGAAAACAGCCUAUACAAGUCUUUCAAAUGACAGUCUAAAUAGUGGGAGCACAAGCGAUGGUUACUGCCCAAGAGAGCACAUGAAAUCCUGUAGCAGAACAGCUUUCAUGGAUUACAAGGAAGAAUUGCAAAGGUAUCAGAGACGCCCCAGUCGAUUAGAUCUAAAGAAUGUUGUGGUCGUCAAACCAGAAAAUGCUGACUCUUCUGAGUAUCUGAUGGAAGAAGCUAAACACAGAGAAGAUGAAAGAGAAAUUCAUGGCACAACAAAGAGAGACAUAUCAGUUCCAUGCCAGAAUACCUCUGGGUUUGCUGAAGACAAUGGACAACAUCACAAUGCAAAAGACAGCAGCAGAAACAUGCUAGCAGAAUCAUUGGUCCAAACCAUAAAACUGUCACCUUCUUACAAGCAUAUAUCUAGUCUUGAAAAUGUAUCCAAGACUGGAGUGGGAUUUCCUGGAAAUAUUUUCCAUCAAGCUCUUUCUGGGAAGAAAAAGGCAUGGAUGAUGCCAUCACAGAAUUUGGAUACUCUCACAAGGCCUACAGAAAAGUGUUCUGUACAUUCUUCUUCAACAGGAGAGCAGGAAUCACUUCAAAAAUAUGCAGUUGAAGGCACUCCAAUAUGUUUCUCCAGAUGUAGCUCCCUUUCUUCCCUUUCAUCUGGAGACAACCUUUUAGAUGGGCAAAGUCGCAGUGAAAAUGAAAUGGAGAGUGACUCUUCUCUAGAGAUACUGGAUGAGGAUGAAGGUGAUGAUGAUCACAAUAGCAAAAAAAGCAAACAAGAGGAAAUAGAUUCUGUUGAUAAAAAUGUUUCCCCAUGUACCUCACAGCCUAUUUCAAUACCUUUACCAAAGCCAGAGAAACAUUUCCUCCGGGAUCUUUCACCUUCUAGGAAUGAUGAUAAGACACCAUCCAGCUCAUCAGAGAACUAUAUUCAGGAAACACCUCUGGUUAUGAGCCGCUGCAGCUCAGUUAGCUCACUAGGAAGUUUUGAAAGCCCAUCCAUUGCUAGCUCUAUUCAGAGUGACCCAUGCAGUGAGAUGAUAAGUGGAACAAUAAGCCCUAGUGAGCUGCCAGACAGCCCUGGACAAACUAUGCCACCUAGCAGAAGCAAAACCCCAAACUAUGACCCAAGUGGCCACUUUGAAAAGGAGACUAGUCAAUUUAAUAUUCAGUGGGAGAACAAUGUCAAGAAGUUUAUGGAGAUAACAGAUUUUAAGGAGAGAUUUCAAAUUCAAAGAGAUAUGGACUCUAUGAUUUACUUUACAGUAGAGAAACCAACUGAAAACUUUUCUUGUGCCUCCAGCCUUAGUGCCCUGCCCUUGCAUGAGCAUUAUAUUCAGAAGGACGUAGAGCUUAAGCUCAUCCCACCAUUUCCUGAUAAAAACAGUUUGAAUUUUGUAGCCCAUGAGAAACAUGUAGAAAGCCGGGAAGAACGACUACUGGGAAUUAUGAAGAAAUCGGAGUUGGAGCUUGUUUCUGAUGAUGAUAUUGAUAUAUUGAAAGAGUGCAUUACCUCUGCCAUGCCACCUAGGCUAUGCAAAGUCAAAACUUCUGUCCUCUCAGGACACAUCAUGGACUCUCAGACAAAAAAGCCUGUUCAACUUCCAGUCUAUAUGCUGGUUCCAGCUAACACACAACUUGCAAUAAACAAGACCUACCGUUCCCAGAAGGACUUACUUAAGGAUGAUUCGUCUUUUACAGACUCUGCAGAGGGAACACCAAUAAAUUUCUCUAGUGCUGCUUCCCUUAGUGAUGAAACACUUCAGUAUCCACUAAAAGAAGAACAAGACCCGAGAGAGAGAGCAAGAAACUAUGUUCAAAGGAGAGAGAUAGGGCCUAGUGUAAAUAUGCAUCAAGAGUUGGAAUCAAGACGGGUCUACUCCAUGGAAAAUAUUGCAGCCAAUCAGAAAAACAAACCAAACUAUAGCUAUGCAAAUCACACUAAGACCAUUUACAAAGGAAACAGACCUAUGGACACAAGUUGUUCUCUAAAAUCACACCAGAUAACUGGAGCAAUAAAAGGAUUUGAACCACACAGCAAAUUAUAUGGACAUCCUGGAGAAAAUACUGAAAGAAACUCAGUUGAUCAUCUAGAAAGACAGGAUGUCUCACAGGGAGAAUAUCUUCAUGGAAAUAUAGCUUUUCAAUCUUUAUGUCACACAACUCCAACGGAGGAGUCAGUUUACUGUUUCUUUGAAGAAGACUCUGACUUGUUAAAUUCUCAGAGAAAUUCUCCCAAGAGAAAGAUGGAACCAUCAAAGCCAUCUCCAAGGAAGCAAAAUCUAUACAUUGAAACAACUAAAAAAGAGACCAGAGAAGAACUUACUGUUAUGAAAUCGAACCCCCCUACAGGUAAAUUCCAGAACUUUAUAGAAGAUGAGCCUAUCCCCUGCUACUCACUCAGCUCUUCCAUGAGUUCCCUCAGUGAUUUGGAGCCUGUAGGUAUCAGGGAGAAGACAGAGAACAUGACCAGACAUGUCACUAGAUCACAAGGUCGGACAUUAAACAGCUUUAUUGAAAGGAGAGACUCAUCUGUUAGCCGUACCUCAGAUGAAGAGAGAUGCUCAAGCUCAAUGGUGCCUAGAAGAAGACGACACUCAGCCCGCAAGAAGAAGCACAAGCUUAGAAAUCCUGAGAGUAAAGUAGAGUCCCAGCAAGGUUCUCUGGGGAAGAGGACUCAGGACGUAGGAGAGAUAUCUGAUCUGGAUAGUGUGGACUGGGAAGCUAUUAAAGAAGGUGCAAACUCUAUUGUCAGCUGGAUACACCAGGCUGCAGCAUCGAUAUCUAGAGGCUCUUCUUCUAUUUCCAGGGGACCCUCUUCUGAUUCUCUUAUGUCAAGCAGUUCAGUUUCAGGACGGCAACAUCCAAGAAGGCAAUUGAGACCAAACAAGGAGGAGACACGAAUUCCCAGAACACAGAGUUCAAGCCAAGUUCCUGUAGUCAUCCAAAAUGAGACGGCAAGAGGUAACAGAAGCAGGAAAUUAGUUAAUUCUAACCCUAAGGAAAUUCCAAUGGUUUUCCGUGGAAGAACAGUAAUAUAUGUUCCAGCAGGAGAGAAAUCAUCAGCAAACAAGCUAGCUAACAGCCAGAUACAGCCCUCUCAGGACACCAAAAAUACCCCAAAUCCUAUACGCUCUAGAAGUCUACAUCGUUUGGGAAAAUCAUCAGAUAUUAGUGGGGAGUUGACUCUUCCCAAAAGAAGUGCAACACCCCCAGCCCGAAUAAGCACUACUCCAUCUACCAGCUCCUCAAGGAACUCAACACCUUCCCGUAAAGCACAAACCCCUGUUACUCCACCUUCUCCAAAUACAAAGGGAGGCAAAAGCCCCCAGACUGUUCCCGGCAAUAAGACCCAGAAGUCCCCUGUACGUAUUCCCUAUAUGAAAAAGCCUACUCCCCGUGGCCCACUGGGAACAUCUCCACUAGCUAUAGAAUAUAUCAGCCCUCAGCAAAGUCCCAGCAGAAGGCCCAAUCCCCAGCGUAGCCGACUUAAUCACAUCCGUGACAGCGAAUCAGAGAAAACAGGUAUCCUGAGACAGCUAACAUUCAUCAAAGAAUCAUCUGGAAGCAUGAGACGCCAGCAUUCUGACCUAUCUUUGUCUCCACGACCACAACGGACUCCUCCACGAAACAGCUCAGCCCUUCCUGCUGUGUUUCUUUGUUCCUCACGGUGUGAGGAGCUAAAAGUGCACAAAUCAAAUCCCCAAGCACUUCAGUCACCAACCCGGACUACACGGAGAACCACCUCACAAAGUCCAUCCCGUCUACCAGUUAGAAAUCUGCCACCCCCACCAGAACCUUUCAAAAGAUACUCCUCUUCACCUCACAUCAACAUCCCAGGGCCUCGUGGAGAACAGAAGUCAAGUCAUAGCCCUUCAAAAGCAGAAGUGACAAAACCUCCAAAAUCGAAUAGUCCAUCUAGGCAAGGUAAAGCAACCUGGAGAAGAAUUCGAGAUGAAGAUAUCCCUCACAUACUAAGGAGCACUCUUCCUGCCUGCGCCCUUCCAUUAACUGAGGAACCUACUGAGCCCCGCAGGAAAACAAGUGAUGCUGUUGUUCAGACAGAAGACAUCACCAUCACAAAAACAAACUCUAGUACUUCACCAACUGUAGAGAGCAAUCCCAUGGGGGAUAAAAGCAGGCCUGGAAUGACUUCUGCUGUUAUACCAGAGCUAGGGAAAGCUCCUCUCUCUGUAAUGAAUUUUCCUAGCAGUAGGCAUAGCUCCCCCAGCCGAGCAGCACGUGUUACUCCUUUCAAUUAUGUGCCAAGUCCAAUCUUAACAGUCACAGAGGAGUCAGAGAAGAUAAUCACGGAGUGAUCAGUUAUACAUUUUCAGCCUGGAUUCUUCAAGAGAAAGUCUUACAAAUAUGUAAUAACAAUUUUGGGAUUUUAUGUAUAGCACAUCCAUAUAUUUGAUUACAGCACUUCUCUGCUUGACCUAUAAAUGUUCUGCACCUUGGCCAGUACCGAUAAUGCCAUUUCCCAUGCAUGGCUGCUGAGAGACAUUUAAUUGGCACCUUAUGGAUAUUGAUGAUACUGAUAAAUUUGCACAACUCCCUACAGGCAUUAAAACAACAUCCUGUCAAAAAGAGGUUUUGAAUAUACAGGAUGUUAUGAACAAGAAACAUUUUUGUCGUCAUGUUCAAGGUUGUUGGGCAGCACAGUUUGCUGGGGGCUAAAUAAAGACCACUAGCACAAAAUACUGCAGACUGCCUUCACUGCAGCUCAUUUUUAUUGCAGGAUCUAAUAGGCUAGAGACCUUUCCUAUGGACUUGACUGUUUCUUAUGGACUCAGUUAAGCUUUCCAGCAAACCUUCAACUCUUCUACAUGCUUUUAAGCAGAGCCUUAACCUAAGUAUAAGCUGCAUGAUUUCUACACAUAAUGGCUGGCAUUAACUUGUGUAACUGCAGCUUAUAAGUGAAUAUAGAACAACACCACCAAAGUCUUACCGGAAAACAAGAGAUCUGCUUAAAAAGAAAACAUUUUUUUGCCAAAUAAAAAAAAAACCUGUAAAAAUCUUAUUUUACCAGGGAAGAGUUCAGGAUCAAAUAACUUGGUCUGUUCUUUGAACAUUUCACUUUCAUAUUACCUGCUGUUCUGUUUAAUAUAGCUAGGUGUCCCAUGAUGUGCCAAGCAACUUAUUUCUCUUUAGAUUAUUUAUUUAUUUGCUCCUUAGAUAAUGGGUUCUUUUUCACACUAGUCUAAAUAAAUCAGGUUAUUUUUUGGGAGUCAGAUUCAAGGUUUCUCUAUUUCCUUCUUGAAUGCUGACUGUGAUGCCAUAUUGUUUGGAAAGGAAGGAUAAUAUAUGGUGAACUAAGUUCGUAAAGUGAUUUCUAAACAGUAGUUAAGACUGCAAAAAAAUAAUUUACAGGUUAGCACAUAAGUACAGGUUUGUGUCACUUUACCUACAUUUUCCAAUGUUGUUUUUACUACCAAUUAAUAUACCAGUUCAGUUACCUGUAUGUAUGAAAUGUAAAGAUAAUAAAAAUUGCCAUUUAUGAA